AUGCCUAUCCGUGGCCUCGACACCUGGCUUGCAGAGCGCGGCCUCGUCAAGGAGUGUCCGCUGAGCGCCCUCGCCGGCACGCGCCUGGGCAUUGACGCCAACCACUACCUGCGCAAGCUCCUGAGCGCGCGCGAAGGCUCCGACAAGCACGACAGCUUCACCCCGGCGAUCGGCGGCGCACCGCUCACCCUGACGGCCGAGAUCGAGGCCAACAACCACACGCUGCAGGCGCUCGGCAUCAAGCCCGUGUUCGUGUUCAACGGCGUCAACCCGCUCGACCGCGAGCGUCCUCAGCCGACCGACGAGCGCAACUGGCGGCGCGGCCAGGCGUGGGAGCACUACGAGCACGGCCGUGUCGCCGAGGCGCAGGGCGAGUUCGGCGCGUCGAGCUCGAUCACGCCGCAGGACGUGUUCCGCCUCGUGAACCGCCAGUUCAAGCAGCGCUCGACCGAGUUCGUCGUCGCGCCGUACCUCGCGUGGGCCCAGUUGGCGUACCUCGAGCGGCACGAGCGCGCCUACGUGCACAGCAUCUACGGCGCCAACGAGCUCCUCAUGUUCGACGGGCUCGACCGCAUCGUCCUCGAUGUCGACUUCAAGCGCCAGACCAUCUCGUUCGCGUCCAAGGCCGCCAUCCUCGACUCGAUGGGCCUCUCGCCCGACCAGUUCCUCGACCUCGCCAUCCUCGCCGGGUUCGAGGGCUCGCCGACGUUCCCGGCCAUCGACCCUCGCGACUUUCACCUGCGGUCCGUCGUCGACACGAUCCGCCAGCACGGCUCGGGCGUGCGCUCCGUCCUCGCCCACCAGUCGUUCGCGCCCGUGUACCAGACCAACUUUGCCGACACGUUCGCGCGGUCGCGCGCCAUGAUCAAGUUCUCGCUCGUCCUCGUCGCCCACGAGGGCCGCGUCCUACCCCUCCCUCUCGUCACCCCUCCGCCAGCACCUCUCGGCGCUCACCACUACCAGCACCCGCCCCAGAUCGUCACGGCCGCCGACGUCCCCGUCGACCUGGGCGAGAUCUUCUCGUCGCACUUCCCGGACGAGGUCUACUACCAGCUGUUCCGCGGCCUCAUGAGCCCGCAAGUCGUCGCCCCACUCGCGACGGGCCACGUCUACGAGCACGUGCCCCUGUGCGGCUCGACGCCCGAGUACGAGCGCUACGUCAAGCAGCUCACCGAGCCGCCGCAGGGCCCGCGCUGCGUCGCGCUCGCCCUCAUGAGCAGCGUCCUGCACCCGCUGUGGCUCAAGAAACCUGUCCACGCCGUCUACUACUUCAGCCCGCCCGGCCAGGACCCGCCCAUACCGCACUCGGCGCCGCACACGCAGCAGUUCAUCGAGAGCGUCGGCAAGUGGAAUGUCGGGGCGCGCCACAUCGAGGACGAGUUGAGGAGGCAGGCCUCGUCAACGAUCGACCUGUGCCUGUGCUUCGGCGGCACGAGCACGACGAGCUUGGCGCAGAGGACGAUCGUGCCGAGGAACGCAGAACGGCCGCUCGACAAGAAGGACGAGAUCGUCGCCAACACGCUCUGGCGCUUCCUCGAGCUGCGGUCCUUCCUCACCUCGGCUCACCAGCACACGCCUCACGCCUCGGCGCUCCACCUCGCGAUGAAGAACGCCAAGGUCAACGACAAGUUCCAGGAGCCCUUGUUCCUCGCCAUGGAGCUGCUGCGCGCAGGCGUGCUGCACAACGGGCGCAUCGGGACGAGGGCGUACUCGGGCGGGCCCAACUUCUCUGGCGGCACCGAGGCCGACAAGCGCAGCAUGCUCCUCGUCAUGCGCGUCCUCAGCAUCGUCCCUCUCGUCUUCACGCCCGGCGCCUGGAACGGCCCGCUCUCGCGCGAGCUCCUCGUGUUCAACUCGUUCCUGCGCGCGACGUCGCGCUCGAUGCGCAACCUGCUCGAGGCCAUCGCCGUCAACUGCCUAUUGCGGGGCGACGCGCAGCGCUCGUACGCCGACUACCUCGGCGUCGCCUUUUCGCUCCCGUUCCAGGCCGACACCAACACGGGAAUGGGCAUCCUCUUCAAGGCGUUCGGCGACACGGUGUGCCACAUGGCGGGCGGGAUCGAGGUUGUCGCGAGGACGGGCAACGCGAGCGGUGGAGGAGCGGGCUCGUCGGCGUCGAAGGAGGAGCGCGAGGCGAUCCAGCAGGCCAAGGACCAGGUCCUCGGGCUCCUCCAGGACGCCUUCCCGAACGUCAAGAACGUGCGCGCCGAGCUCGAGCGCGGCUUCCGCUUCUGGAACCUCAUAAUGCUCGCCGUUCGCUCUCUGCGUCAGUCUGCGACCGGGCCGGCGAUCGCGCCCGAGCUCGCCGACAGCUUCGAGGCGGCCGACCAGUGGCUCGUGCCGUUCCACCUGCAAUGAGUCACGCGCCUGCGCGUUGCACCGUG